AUGGAGGAGGAUCAGGGCCAGAGGGGGAGCCGGGGCCCCAUUCUCUCGGGCACGGCCCGCUCGGGAGGGAAGCCCGUCCCUGUCGCCAGACAGCCCAGGCCCUGCCUCCCCGCCCACGGCCACCGCUGCCGUAACGGCACGGAGGGGGCCUCUGCUGUCACACUUCUCAGCUCGGCGACGUUAGGACCUUGCCCAGUGAGCCCCGUUGGUGGGAUCCAGACCCAGGUCCACCUCUGGCUGAGGCCCGUGCUGGUCCCGCCGCCCUUGGCCGUGGCCUGGUCAGAGCAGCGGCAUCAAGGCUGGAGCUCAGGCCAUGCCCGGGUGUCACAGCCCAGCUCCCCCAACAGAGGCCAGCAAGGGAAGGACGGCAACAGCCAUCCAGCAAGACAGCAGAGGCCCCAGGACUGCCCCCACCCCUCUGUGGGCAGUCAUGGGGCCGAGACCCUCACUGUCCGGGGCCAAGAUGGGCCACGCUCACCGAAGCUGGGCGAGUACAGAGGGCGCGGGGAGAUGGCGGGGGCUGAGCCUUCUUCUGGAAGGUGCCUCCAGUUGCUCACCCCAAGGCCUGCAGGAGGCGGUGUCCACGGGCGGGAUGGGCUGCAAGAUGCAGGCCUGGCCCUUGGCGCUGUCCGCGGUGCUGAGCACAAGAGGCCCCAGCCCUUGCGGCCGGCCUCACCCGCGCCCCACUCCGGACCUGGCGCCCGUGGCCCGGGGCCGCGCGCCCUCCUGGCCGAGUCCGCUUCGUCUAGCCGGCCCGCCCCCGCCGGCCCAGCCCCGCCGCGCGCCGCCGCCGCCUCACCUGGGCCUGGGCGGCUCGCGGGCGCGCUCGGUGCGCUCUCGGCGGGAGGGGCGGCACGGGGGGCGGAGCCUGCACCCAAACAUCACGUGACGCUCCUCCCGCGCUGGCGAGCGCUGCGAAGCAACCCGCCGCCGGUCCCGUCGGCCCCGGCGCCUCGCGCCAGCCAAUGGCCGCCGAGCCGCGGACGCGCCGGGGUCGACGUGCGCCCUGGGACUACAAGUCCCAUAGUGCCCCGCGGGGGCGGGGGAAACGGCCUGGGACGGCGGCCGGCGGGGACACACAGCCCUCUCCCCGCGGGCGCUUCAGCAGGCUCCCUGGGCCGCGGCCCGCAGGACCCCUUAGGACGCACGGUCCUGGCCGCCCGGGCUGGCCCGAGCCGCUCCGGCCGCCUCGCCGGGCCCAGCCGGGGCGGCGCACUGCCCGUGCGGGGCCCGGGCGGCCGGAGCAAGGACGCGGGAGGCCUGGGCGCUAGCGGCCCGGACACGGGGCCCGAGGGCGGCCGAGCGCUACCAGAAGAGGCGGUGCCCAGCGGACCCCACGCGGUGCUCCGCGCCCGCAGGCGCGUAGGCCGGGUCAGCCCCGCACUCCACAGCUUUGGCACCGAGGGGCGUCCGCCCGAGGGCCCAGUGGUCGGGCCGUGCCCCACCCUCAGCGGGGGCGGAGUGCGAACGACCCCUUCUCCAGGACGACCGCCCUCAGACUCUGCUUGCCACGUACACAGCGGGUGGACGGGUGCCCCUGGCUGCGGACCAGAAGGAGCCUCCAUGCAGCGCCUACUAAAGCCGACCCCCAAAAUGCUGGCUCUGACCGGGGAAGCCUAUGGGCUUCUGCGUGGUUGUGCUGGGGUCUCCCGGUCUGCAGUGAGUGUCACGCCCUAUGCCCUGCUUGCCCAUGCCCUGCACUCUGGCGCCCAGCCUGGCAAGUGGGCAGGGUCCCAGGGAGAGCAGCCGUUUGGGGGCAAGGGCACAGGCACCAAGCUGAGGACUGGUGGCAGCUGCGCUGGGGAGACUCCACUGCACCUAAGGGAAGGGGCCCAGCCGAGGGGCUCCCUCCACGGAGUGACCGAGUUUGAGAGCAGGGCCGCCACUCGCCCCGGCCUCCCAGCAGCUCUGCAGUGCCAGCCUGGCUCUACCCCCAGCCAGCGCAAGCCGGCCCGUCAGACACCUGCCCCAAGCCUCGGUUUCCUCGGGGCUGCGCUGCAGUGUGGACCACGGUGUCCCCCCUCCCCCCCGCAGAGUCGACAUGAGGCUCCUGGCCCCUCCCUGAGCGUCGCCGGGCCUCACGACAGCGCCACGUGUGGGCGGAAAGCACCCGCCGGCCCCACUUCCCCGGCUGUUGAUGGAGUAGGAGGCUCUUCGAGGUGUCGAGAUGGGGCGCACGCAGCCCCGGAGGACUUCCACUGCCCUCCGACCACCAGUGACCCUGCGCCACCUCCCUCGUCCCCCCCCGAGCCCCGGCCAUCGGGCGAAGUCCCAGUGCAGAACCGGGAGCUCAGGGACACGGAGGAUGGAGAGAUGAGCUCCACGCCUCCCCCAUGCAGCCGGUGCCCCACCCCUGCACACUGGCCAGGAGAAGGGCACACACAGCCAGCGGCACACCUCUCCUGCCAGCUCGGCCUCCACCAGACCCGUCGGCGGCACCACUGUGCCAUGCCCGCCGUCUGCCAAUGGCCCUCCCCGGGGACCACGAGCUCAGAGAGUCUGGCCCUCAAGAUCACAGUCUUCGGAGCCUGCAGCCCAGCGGCCGGCCCUCCGCCAGGUGCCAGGGGGCAGCGGGCAUCUCGGGCCCUCUCGGCUGACCCAGGCCGUUCUGCCACUGCUGGGGCCUCGGGGCAGCGGGCAUCUCGGGCCCUCUCGGCUGACCCGCCCCAGCUCACCCAUCUCUCGUCCUUCUCUUUCAGCUUCCAAGGGGAGGCACAGGGAGAGGGGAACAGAAACCACACAAGAUGCCCGCCUGUGCCCCCAGGCAGGACCCGCUACAAGGUCAGGGCCCUGCCCGCUGUGGAGGACACAGGAGCAGAGAGGCCCCGAGUGAGGCUCUCCCCGUCUCCAUGGCCACAGCCCUCCGGGUGCAAGAGCUUCAGCCCCGGGGCAGGGGAUGCCCACGGGGAUGCUCUCACCAGCCCCAGGCCAGAGCCGUCCACCUGCUGGGCGGCCAGGAGAGACCCAGCCGAUGCCCUGGGGGCUCCAGCCGAUGUCGGGACCUCGAAGGCCCCGGGGCUCCGCGGUCAGCGCCAGCCGGGGACCCCCACAGACGCAGCGGCGGCCGAAGCAGUGGCGGCGCUGGCUGUGGCCUGGAGCCUCUCCCUGACCCGCACCUCCUCUGCCUGUGCCCAGGGGUGUUAG